UGUGAUAUUUUAGGUUAGUUUUUGAGAUUUAGUUUCAUCUACAUUGAACGUGCUCACGAUGAACUUCCAGGAUUGUGACAGCAUUGACCGAUCGCCCAACAAGCGAAGAAAUGUUGAAAUUGACAGUGAUGAUUCAGAUGAUGACAUUGCACUGACUGGUCUGAGAACGCAGAUCCGCACAGAAAACAGAGCGGAAGUUCGGAAGAUGUUUCAUGUUGAAAACCAGAUGAGCCGUCAAGAACAAACUUCGGAACUUAUCCUUGAUAUUCUCGGUGACAUUCAGUCCCGCCUGGUGACAAUGCAGGAGAAACAAGAAGAGAUGGAGAAAAAACAACUAGACAUCGACUUCAAACAAGAUCGACUUCGGGAGCUGGUGAAAGUCAUGGCUUCAAAGAUAUCGCCAGACAUAUUAGAAGAACCAUCAAAUCCACCCACUCCGUCCGUUUCAUCAACCCCAGUCCGCUCGACAGGCCUACCAGUCCCAGUCCGUCUUCCAGGUCCGUCUAUUCUAGACGGUCCGCCAGGUCCAUCAACCCAAGGCCGUCCAUCAGGUCCAUCAACCCAAGCCCAUCAGUUCAUGCGACCUAUCUCAGUGCCGUCAUCCGAACAAGAAACAGCUGUGGACACAACUCCGUCACAACCGCAAUCGGCAAAACUUAUGUCGGGCCCUGAUUCUGGCACCUAUCUACUCGGUGGAAGUGAAACUCUGGUGCGUUCUGUUGCCGAUUACAACGCCAUGUUGAGAGAAGUGCAGCAAAGACGUCGCAACGCAUCAGACAAUGAAAAGGGAAAACUGCUAUGUGUCUGCCUCUUGAAAAGAGAGGUACCAAAAGAAGAACUGGCCAUCAAAAAUGUCACUGGAAACUCUAGAGAUGAGAACAAAAAGCGAUGCAAAAUCCCCCAGCUCGACAGAGUCAUCAUACACAGCAUUUUCCAUCAAGCCAAGAUGCAAUUUACUGGAUUUUCUGACUGGUACACAGACUCUAAAAGUAAGACCGUGGAAGCGCUCAACGAAUGCUGCAAGCGAGCCCGUUACGAAAAAAGAAAACGGGUGCUUGUGGAAACCGUAGAUAAUAGUAACUAG